AUGGCAAGUGAAGGAGGAUGUGAGAGAGCAGUGAAAGACCGUGUGAAGGCAGCGUGGGCUAAGUGGCGAGAGGUUUUUGCCGUGAUAUGCGAUAAAAAGUUACCAGCCAAGUCGAAGAUGUUCAAAACUGUGAUAAGACCUGUGUUAUUGUUCGGAGCAGAGACUUGGGCCUUAAGAAAGAAAGAAGAGAGCCUGCUCAAUGGAUCUGCCUAUCCCUGGAAAGCAGAGCAGAGGAAGACCAAGAAAGAGGUGGCUAGAUUGUGUGAUGGCCGACAUGAAGGAAAGGAACAUCGAAGAGUAGUGGGCACAAGACCGAAAGAAGUGGAGAAAAGCAGUAUGUGUGUCAUUCUCUAUGAUAUACAAAGUCCCAACGUGAGCCAAAUGUUUACAGCCUCUUUAUAA